AUGUUUUCAAAUUGUCUUGUGAAUACUUUGAAAUCAAAAUUUAAUAUCAUUACAUUUUAUUCAACAACCGCAACAAAACAUCCAUCAAAAUACUUCAUUUCAUCGAUUUUAACGCCAAGGAAGCAAGAUGAGCCAAUAAAUUUGAAAUUUGAGCUUGUCAAGAGUGCUGAAUUCGAUCCAACGUUGCAGUUUAUUGCGAAAAAUUUCUUUCGAGAAGAUCCACUUUGUAGGAGCUUGUGCAUUAAUACAUCAAAAGGAAAAUGUGAAGGUCCAAUAGAAUUAUUGUUGAGAGAUUCCUUACGUCAUGGAAUGACAAUUAUAGCACGAGAAGGAAAUGAAAAUAAGAUUGUAGGCGCUUGCAUAAACAACAGAAAUUGUCCGUGGGAUGCACAAAAGCUUGAAGAAUAUGCAAAGCAAGUUCAAGAUGGAAGUACGAAGAAGCUUCUUUACAUUUGGGCUUUAAUGAGUCGCGAGCCAAAAAUACAUCAAGAAUUAGAACUCAACAGCAUCUUCGAAAUUGGAUUAGUAGCCAUAAACAACAAGUUCAAUCAUCGCGGAAUUGGAACCGAAUUAGUUAAACGCUCAUUAGAUUUAGGACGUGACCUUAAUUUCUCUUAUGCCAGAAUGGAUUGUACGAGUGAUUAUUCAAUGAAAAUUGCAGAAAAAUUGAAAAUGAAAAGGCUUUGGGAUGUAUCAUAUAAAAAUAUCCUCAUGCAGGAUGGAAAAACGCCAUUAGCUGUACCAGAAUAUCCACAUUCGCAAGCUGCCGUCUAUUACACGCAUCUAAAAGAGCAGUCGGGAGAAAAAAAGUCUACAAAAUGAAAAUUAUAAUUUUUUUAAUGAGUAGCAAAAUAUGUCGAUUGAUUUUCCUUGUGCGAGUAUUUUGUUGUUGCCUGAUUGUGUAUUUGUGCAUGCGAAGCAAUAAAUUGAAAAUUUUCAAUAAAUGACCA